GCGGCGCCUGUUGCGGGGCCCUUGUUUCGGGCGGAAGCGCUGACGGAUCCAAACCUGUAGUUUGAGAGAGUUUUUGAAGUGGUUCAUCUGGUUUGUUCCGGGCGUUUCUGAUGUGACCCAGUGAUCCGGGUCCCUGUGUGAACGUUUCCCCGCCACAGACCACUUAGCACACCCCUGCGGUGGGCUCUGUCGGUUAGCCUGUUAGCUUCAGAGUGGACCUCCUGGAGGGGAGUUCAGUAAACAUGUCGGGAAGAGACCCGAGAGCCGAGUUCUACUACAACCUGCCCGCGUCCGUCGACAAUGAGUUCUGCCGGAUUAUGGACGGGCUGUCAACCCAGGACUGGACCCGCUUUGCCUCCGAGAUCCUGAGCGAUCAGAACGACGUGCGAUUGGCUGAGAAGCAGGAAAGGCGGACCCACUGGGUGAUGGUCAAUUGCUCGAACAGGAACAUUCGAGUCGGGGAGGUGAUCGACCUGCUGCAGCGUCUGCAGCUGUUACGCCCCCGUGACGUCAUCAUGAAGUGGGUGAUAAAUCCGAACCCUUACGCCUACGCUCCUGCUCCUGUUCCUGCUCCUGCUCCUGCUCCUGCUCUUCGUUUUCCUCCUCCUUUGGUUCCUUUCCGUGACUCUCGGUUUGACCCCCAGCCCAAAAAGCCAGAGGCCGUGCUCACACAGGAGACCUACAGACUCAGCCAGACAGUUGAUACAGCAGAGAGUACACUACCCAGACCUACAUCGCCCCCCCCGGAGCUGCGGUCUGAAGUGCAACAACACCACCAGCCCCAGGCGGAGGCGGUGGCAGCGUCAGCAGUGAUGAGCAGCAUCAGCUGCAGCAUCACAGUGAUGUGCUGGUCAUACGAAGACGUGUAUGCUGGGACAAACGGGUUCUCCCCCCACCUGCAGAUAGGUGAGGGGGGGUUUGGAGUCGUGUACAGAGCGACUCUGAAGAACACCAACUGCGCUGUCAAGAGAUUCAAACAGGACGGUCUGCUGGACUGGACUCUGCUGAGGAAGAGCUUCCAGACCGAAGUCGAGCAGCUGUCGAGGUUCAGACAUCCAAACAUUGUGGAUCUUUUAGGUUUCAGUGAAGGAGGAGGGUCAUUGUGUCUGAUUUACAGCUACAUGGAAAACCGAUCUCUGGAGGACCAGCUGCACAAUGAGUGUGUGGUCCUCUCGUGGUCUCAGAGACUCAGUAUUGUUAAAGAUGCCUCAAAAGCCCUGCAGUUUCUCCACUGCCCUUCUGAAGGUCAGAAACCGCUGAUCCACGGGGACGUGAAAAGCUCCAACAUCCUGCUGGACGGUCACAUGACGGCGAAGCUUUCAGACUUCGGUCUGGCUCGGUUUGUGCCCUUUGGCUCUGCCGGUGGCUCGGCAGCUAGCACGACAGCUGUCGGUAAAACGACAACAGUGAGAGGAACGUUGGCCUACCUGCCGGACGAAUACGUGAGGAACGGAGAGCUGGGACCCAAGUUGGACGUUUACAGCUUCGGAGUGGUGCUGCUCGAAGUGCUGACUGGACGUCGAUCUCUGGAGAAAGACAGGAUAUCUGGAGAGAGAUACCUGAAGGACCUGGUGGAGGAUAUCGAGGAAGGUCCAGAUGGCUCAUCUGAAGCAGCUUGGAGGAAGCAGCUUGACAAACGGCUGAUUUCAGGGGGCACUGCUGAGCCCAGUGGUAGCCUGCAGCUUGUGACUCUGGCCUGCAGGUGUCUGGCCAAAAACAGGAAGAAGAGACCAGUAAUGAAAGAGGUGUUUUCAAUUCUUAAGGACAUAAACAGCAUGGUGAGGGAGCCUCCCUACCAGUCCUUCCCCAGACCUCCCCGCUCCCUGGACUCUGAUGUACAAGAUGUGUCACACCAGCUGUCCAAACUGGGACCAUUGGAGGACACAUACCAGGUGUCACAGUUCACCAAAUUCUCCUCCUCUCCCUCUUUGUGCACCGUUUCCCCUCCUGACCGACUCCACUCAUCCUCAUCUCUUCCUCCAUCAUCCUCUUUACCUCCUCUGUCUUCCUGUUCGUUUGCUGGUCCAUGUGAAACCGAUGAGAGUCGAGGCUUCUCCCAGUACGACCUUCGCCCUCAGUUGACAUCAAAUGGGACCAGCUGCAGGUCUUUAUCUCCUUCCACCAAAGACCAGUAUCGCAGUCCAACCAGGCCCACAGAGGCUCAGUGCAACCAGCCUUCUGUGCCCACAGAGGACCAGUACAACUUCCCCACUCAGCCCAAAAGUACCAGUUUCAGUAUAGGACCCGGAACACUCACUCUAGGAGUCCCUAGAGGGCAAACCACAGCAGGGUUCUGUGGGUUCUCUCCUGCAGGAUCCCUGAAGUCAGCAUCUCCGGAGCCUUCAGUCCACAUAAAUUCCAGUAAGCAGCGACUCCUGGAGAAGAAAACUUUGUACGAGGAUGGAAGGAUUCAUACUCCUGAGCUGCUGUCGUCUGAAGACAUCUAUGAAUCGAGGAGUUCUGGGCACUUCAGAGGACCAGAGGAGAGCGACGAGCUGGAUUAUCAUCCCGCUAAACACAAGUGACUGCAGUUGCCUAUGAUGGACAUAAACUAGAGGACCAAAGAUGGACAGUUUCUGGAGCCCAUCUGUGGAUUUUACCGUCACUGUUAUAGAAGAAACUGCAGGAUGCUGCUGCUGCUGCUUCGAGCUGCAUUACAUUUCAGACUGCUGAUGAAUUUUGUAUUUUGCUCCAGCUGUGCCUUUACAGAAAAACAUCACUCGGUUCAUACCAAGCAGUCACACUCACAUUAACAUGGCACGACAUUCCCGUUAUUUUAAUCUAAUUG